UAGUGGAGAGAGGAGGCUGGCGGAGGCCAGGGAUACUUACGUGUGGCGCCAUAGCUCCAGCUUCGUCUUCAAGGAGGGACCUUCGUCUAUGCAUGCGGUCCCUCCUCUCACUCUCACAUAUGUGAUGUAUGAUGGAAUGUCGUAACAGUCCAGGUCAGAAACCGGGGGAAAUGGCGGAGGCGUAUCAGGACCGCAUGCUGGCUUUGAUCAUAGAAGCCAAGCAGCGGGCGGAUGCAGUAGCAGCCGCAAAGAAGAAGAAGGCGGAGGAUGCCGAGCAGGCAUGGCUGCUAGCUCUUGAACAGCAGCGUCUGCAGGCCGAGGCAGCAGCGAAGGUUGCAGAUGAAGAACGAUUGAAGCGGCGUGAGAAGAUUUUUAGCGGGGAGCAAGCAUUACUCACAUUGGCAGAGGACAUUCACAGCCUCGAUGCCGAAGUCAAGAGUGUUCGCAGCCGCGUACAGCAGCUGGAGCAACGACCCGCCGCCGCCCCUGUGGCAAGCUCCUCCAACACAUUAGACCGCCUCAACGCAUUGGAGACUGACGUCAGCGCACUCAAGGACUGCGCACGACUACAACAAACCGCUACUCAACAAUUGGAGCAGCGGGUCUGUGCUGCCGCCACCAGCCCGAGUUCGGGACAGUGCGAGUCAACUCCCAAGUUUGACGGUCAGGAGAUCUUCUGCGAUUCAACAAAGAUGGAUCCAAUUCAGUGGUUCCGCAAGUUUGAACUCACGUUGCAUCUGCAUCUCGUCAGCGAAUGCAAGCACCACACGUACUUAUACUCCCGGUCGGGAGGCGCAUGCCAGGCAUGGCUGGACAAUCUCUUGUCCCAGUACGGGGUGGUCGCUGCCGAGUUACACACGAAAAUCAGCUGGGAAGACCUCAAGGUGGCGUGGCACAAGCGGUUCCAAGUGGAGCCGUCGGAGAUCAAGGCCAUGGACAAGCUCAUGACCUUCGAGCAAGGCUCGCUGCCAAGCGUCGACUGGAUUGUCGAGUACCAACGCUUGACACCCGUCCCAGGUCUCCCGAUAGGCUUCAAAGCCAUCAAGCACUACUUCAUUUCAAGGUUGUGCCCGAUGUUGAGCAACGCCUUGACGCAUGUUGAGGACAUACUGACAACGACGGUGCAACUGUUCGAUAAGGCCCCGCAUAUUAUCGUCACAAACAAGGAGGCGAAGAACCUCACUCGUGCUGCGGCAGGCUCGAGCAAGGACCAGCAUCGGCCCAAGGUGGCCGUGGUUGAGGCGGCAUCGCCAAGCAACCAAUCUAGCGAGGCGGAGUCUGCCAAUGAAGGAGACAGACUCGCAGCUGCCCGGGAUGACAGCGGGCUGCCCUACCAAGGGGAAGGGCAAGCAGGAAAACUGAGCGCCGCCGAGAGUGCGUCGAUGACACUCUCGACGCCUUCGGACCCGGUUUCUUCGCGAGUGAGCGACCUUCAUUUUGGGGCGCAUGUAGAAGUCGAUAGUCCUCUUCUUUAUUCUUUUGAGGACUAUGCUGCCCGGCUCGUUCCGACGCUGGGAUCUUUUGAUCAAGGACAAGACGUGUGUGCGGCAUCUUCUCCGUCCGGCAACGGUUCUUCUUCGUCUUCAAGUGGUUCUUCACGGGAUUCGGCGCGCAAGUUCAACAUAGAGGAAUUGAACCCUCUCACGUCUGAGGAUUUCGCAUGGCUUCCUCUCCCGACCACGGGCCGCUUGCCGCGACCACAAUGCGCAGCACUCUGCGCCCAUCUUCACAAGUACUUGUCCUUCUAUGCACCACCAACUUCGCCGACGGAUGACGAGGUCGUGGUGGGGGACAUGUUGGCAUAUGUUACCAAGGUGGCCCGCGAGUUUCGCACGCAGCGGUACGACGACAAUAACGCACCGCUGAUGUAUGUCCGCAUCCAAGUUGGGCAAGCGUCCUGCAGCGCUUUGCUGGAUAGCGGCGCGACUCGCAACUUCAUGAGGCAAGCCUUUAUGCAAAGGGCUGGCCUCGGCGCGCAGGUUCGAAGGAAGGUAAACCCGACGGCGAUCAAGUUGGCGGAUGGAAAGACGCAGCAACUUCUCGACCGUUACAUCGAGGCUGUACCGACGACAUUCUCGUCUAUAGUCGGACCUUGGAGGAUGAGCAUCUUCGACGAGUGUUGGAGACGCACCGUCGUGCCAAGUACAAAGCCAACCGCGACAAGUGUGAGUUCGUCCGGCAAGAGUUUGAGUACUUGGGCCAUUUUGUCACACCGGAGGGCAUCAGCCCCGGAGAAAAUUCAAGCCAUCCAGGAGUGGCCGGAACCGCGUAACGUCACGGAUGUCCGUUCGUUUUUUGGUCUUGCCGGCUACUAUCAGCGCUUCAUCAAGGGCUAUUCGAAGAUCGCGGCCCAUUUGACCAAGCUUCAAUGCGAGGAUCGACCGUUUGACUUCGACGAGGAUGCGCGGGAAUCCUUCUUGGCUCUUAAAGCUGCACUUUUGUCAGCGGAGGUCUUGCGGACCUACGACCCGCUAUUGCCCACACGCGUCACUACUGAUGCAUCCGGCUAUGACAUUGGUGCAGUCCUCGAACAACACGAUGGCGUGGACUGGCACCCGAUCGAGUAUUUCAGCAAGAAAGUGUCCGCCGUGCACUCUAUUGAUGAUGCACGAAAGAAGGAGUUAUUGGCAUUUGUACACGCACUCAAGCGCUGGCGGCAUUUCCUUCUUGGUCGACUGCAGUUCCGAUGGGUAACAGACAACAACCUGUUGGUCUUUUACAAGACCCAGGACACAGUCAACAGCACCAUUGCCCGCUGGAUGGCCUUCAUUGACCAGUUUGACUUUUUCCCCGAUCACAUUCCGGGCAAGUCCAACCGUUUUGCGGAUGCUCUCUCACGGCGUCCGGACUAUUGCACCGCGGUCUACUCGACGUUCGAGAUUGAUGACGACUUGCGAGACUAUUUCAUCCGCGGCUACAAGGCCGACCCCGAGUUUCGCGACAAGUACGCGAAUUGUUCCUCACCCAAUCCGACACCUUCUCACUACCAGAUCCAUGAGGGAUAUUUGCUCGUCCACUCGCGGGGGAAGGAUCUCCUUUGCGUACCGAGUGACCCUUACUUGCGUACGCGGCUUCUUGGCGAGUUCCACGAUGCUCCCGCCAUCGGACAUUUUGGCGUCAAUCGAACGAUUGGCCGACUUCGCGAGCGAUUUUGGUGGUCCGGUCUUCUCGACGACGUCACACGCUACUGCGAGUCAUGCGAGAUUUGCCGGCGUUGCAAAUCCCGCAAUCAUCGUCCGUAUGGCGAGUUGCGACCACUACCGGUUCCCUUGCGCCGAAGGGAGGCGAUUGCCAUGGAUAUCACUGGACCAUUCCCCAAGCACAAGACCGGUGUGGAUGGGAUUCUCACGGUAGUCGAUCGACUCACCAAGUUUGCCAUGUUUUUGCCUUGUCGCUAUCAUGCCAAGGCAUCAAAAUUGGCUGAGGUUCUCUACGCCGGUUGGAUUCAAACCAAGGGUUACCCCAAGGAUAUCGUCUGCGACCGCAACACUUGGUUCAUGUCUGAUUUUUGGUUGGCACUCACCAAACGAUGGGGCUCAUCUCUCAAGCCUAGUUCAACUCACCACCCUCAGACGGAUGGCCAGACGGAGAGGGCGCACCAGACGGCACAGGUCCCUCUUCGCACUCUCAUCCGUCCCGAUCAGAAGGAUUGGGUUGAGCGGCUGCCGGAUGUCGAAUUGGCCUACAAUUCGUCCAUCCACCCGACUAUCGGGAUGUCGCCUUUCGAGUUUGAGCAUGGCUCUCCGAUCACUUCUCCACUGGACACCAUCGUUCCACGCACGGCCUAGAGCGACGACCAUCUCCUUUUCUUGCGCCAGAUGCAAGAGUUUCUUGUCAAGGCACGCAAUCAGAUGGCGAAAACGAAGCAACGCAUGAGCCAGC